AUGGAGGACGAAGAUUUUGACAGACCAGUCAGAUUUAUCGUCACUGGCCAAUAUCUCGCUAUUCACUACAACGGCAGCAACUUUGAGAUAAGCAGAGAUUACCAUGCCCGUGGUUCUCUGUUUUACGUUUCUGAUGACGGCGAAACGAUAAUUCAUAAUCGCACAUAUGUCGGUGUUCUCACCGACUAUCCCGACUAUGAAGGGGAUGUAUUUUACAUCCGCAAUGGGUCACAAUACCUAACCCAGGACGGGCAGUGGACGGACCACGUUAAUGAUACUGUCAAAGUCCAAAUUGACCCAGUGGGAGACUACAGCGAUGCCGAACCCCCCAUUCCUCCGUCAAUUCCAAAUCCUGUCAUUGAUCCGAGCAAUCCUAUUUCCGCCGAUGGAGUCGAUCUCUACCACCCCGAUAAAUGGUUUUCCUUAUAUCCCAUCAACGGUGACAGUAUCUGGACAGGCGAUGCUGGGGAGUUCGAAAGCAAGCUCUAUUUUGGUGGCAACUCGUACAGUGAUGGGAUGUGCUUCCAGCUCUCCAAACAUGAUGGGAAGACACGGAUCCGCUCCUAUGAUGGUAAACAUCUGGUCGUGACGAUGGAAGCUAGCGUUGCCGCGUACCUGGACGAAGACUGCAAGCAACAUACUAGGUUCGAUCGAUGUUCCCGUUGCAUGCUCCAUUACACACUUGGGUAUAGUUCCGAGCCGCACGAGGGUCUUGUUUUGGUUCCAAAGGGUCUGCCUAGCAUGUUUGCUUUGAAUGAUGGCAUUUUCUACUACAAAUCAAAUGUUCUUAAAGGUAGUUAUGCAGAGGUAGAGCGCGUUGAAGAUAUAGAAGAUGCGACACCUUUCCAGUUUGUCGCUUGA